AUCAUGGUUUCAAACACGUUAUUUGUGUUCUAUGCUGGACUUGUGCUAUUAAGCGGUGUACGAUCUGGCGCAGCCGAUACAGAGACAAGCUGGCACAGAUUUGUUAGAUCUCCCGUUUCGAAUAUCGUUAAACCAAUUGGCAUUGUAUCAGGUAGCACAAUUGGCAAUGUUUCCAACCCCAAUGGCUUGAUUAACCGCCAAGGCCCGACAGUAUUGAGUCGAAGCGAUGAAAACGACCUGUUGCCAACAGUAGUGGUGGAUUUUGGGCAAAAUGUGGUCGGUGUCUUGAGCCUCGAACUUGCUGGAUCACAGAAUACAUCUGCUGGGCUGCCGGGGUUGAGAUUGGCGUUUUCCGAGACGAUGGAGUAUCUCACGAAUCGGAGUGACUUUACACGCUCUGACAAUGCUAGUGGGAAUGAGAAAUUGACCAACGGAACAGAUCAGGUAGCUGUCAAGAACACAAAUUACACCUGGACAAACUUUCACGGUUGUGAAGAAAGCACAAAGGUUUGCUCAGAUGGGCUUCACGGCUUCCGUUAUGUGAAAAUAUGGCUCGAAGCCCUGCCAUCAGACGCACCGUAUACAUCCUCGUUUGGUUCCGUUUCCAUCUCGGGCCUGAGCCUCGAAUGGUCCGCAUUUCUCGGAAGACCAGAUACCUUCACCGGGUGGUUUGAAUGUUCAGAUGAUGAGCUUACUCAAUGGUGGUAUGACGGAGUGUAUACGGUAGAUAUGGGCACAGACGUGUUUCUCGCAAACGAGACAGAGCCUCGAGGUGCUUCAAGUCCCACCUUGGAGGGAAAACAAGUGCUCUUUGACGGAGCCAAGCGAGACAGAGACCCGUAUGUUGGCGACUUGGCUGUUGCGGCAUUAACUUCGUAUCUGUCUCAUGAUUUUGCUGAGUCGACGCGCAAUGUUUUGGAGGACUUGGCGUUGCAUCAGCGAACCGAUGGAUGGAUCCCUCCUGCGAGCAUCGUUGACCUUGUCAUGUAUACUGGCAACACCUCGUAUGCAGAAACUUACUGGGAUACACUCGUCAGCGUCCUUGAUGAAUAUUAUCCCUCGAAUACGAAUAAUGCAACUGGGCUUUUGGACAAAAAUGCGGACAUGGGUUAUGGAGACUACGCAUUUCUGCCUCGAUCAGGACCGGUAACAUACUACAAUGCUCUGUAUGUUCACGCUUUGUCAUACGCCUCACAGCUAGCUGAAAGCCUUGGCCAUAACGACGACGCCUUGAGAUGGUCUUCCAGAGCUGUUGUCGUUGGAGAUGCGCUAUUGAAGAAUAAUUUUGACAGCAGUGUUGGUGCGUUUUACGAUGGCGGACCGUGUCCUGGAGGAGAUGCAGGCACAUUCUGCAGUGUCCAUGCACAAGAUGGGAAUGCUAUUGCUAUUCUUGCGGGUGUAACGGAUGACAAAACAGCAGCUGAGAUACUUGAUUACUGGCAAAACGCAACGUCUCAAGUGUAUGGCAACGCGUUCUACGAUAGCAGCGUGCUGAGCCCUGGGGAUCAGUUCAACGAUCGUGUCUACGCCUUCAUUUCCUAUUUCGAGAUUGCCGCUCGUUUUGUUACUCCUGGGAAAGCUUCGUCUGCCUUUGACGAGAUUCGAAGACUGUAUGGAUGGAUGGCUACUCAUGAUCCCUACAUCACACAGUGGGAGGGUAUUGGGCCAAAUGGGACUGCUUAUGAGGGUGGCUUUACGUCCAUGGCUCAUGGCUGGUCAACGGGAAUUGUCCCAUUGUUGACUAGCUAUGUACUUGGAGUGAAGCCCCAAACGCCGGGGUUUCAGACGUGGAGGAUAUGCCCUAUGGUAGACGGAGGAGGGCUCACAUGGGCUAGAGGAGACGUGCCAACUCCAAAGGGAAAGAUUGGAAUCUCCUGGGAGAGAAAGAAUGCGCAAUCUGGUUUAUUGUUUGUACUGGAGACGGAAACACCUAACGGGUCUUCCGGGGUGGUCUGUGUUCCGACAUUUGGGCUGGAGAAUCCGAAGAUAUAUAUGGAUGGGGCAUCUCUUACAUUGUCCACAGGCCAGAUUCAAGACUGGGUGAGCGUCAAUGUUACUGGAGGCAAGCACACCUUUACGGUUGAAUCUUGAUAGCCUAGAAUUCUGUAUAUUCUUUCUAUAUUCGUUUGCUGAAGCCAUUUUUAUAAGCAUACCAUGUUUGCGACGUAGCGGCAUGCGUUGGGUGUGUAUGACAUGAAGCACGCCCCAGUGUUAGUGUUUGUUCUCAACGAAAAGCUUCGUCUAUCUAUAGUAAUUAAUGUACUAUAUUGCUUAUUGAGCAGGUGUAUUCUCUCCCUCGUUUGAACUCUCAUCUGUUCUCUCGCUUUCUUCAUCAAUCAGCGUACUGCCCGGAGGUGGGAAGUUGGAAAACAAUAACACAGUCAUUCCAAUCACAGCGAUUGCC